UGUUGUAACGGUGCGGGAUAAAAAUCAGAUGAACGUGGGCAAGGACCACCAUCGCUGCUGCCGCCUCACAGCGAAGGGCCCCCCCUCACCUCCAGCCUGAUUGCCGGCGCUGCAUCCCGGUUUGUGCAGCAGGAUAACGACGAGGCGGCGGAGAGCUGCAAGGCUCGGUGGCAGCAAGAAAAAGAGGAGGGAGGAGGGAAGGAAGGAGGAGGGACUGGCUCUGGUGAGCGAGUGGGCUUCCUCUGCCUCACAGACACAUUUUAUUGACUUGCUAAUUGGAUGAGGCUCUCGGAGGAGAGGAUGCAGUGACCAAGAGGAGCCGCUCUCCAGAGGAGGAAUACAGGCGAAAAAAGAAAGCCUUGCUCGGGCUCCCUGAAUCAGCCCACUUGAUCUCCUUUUUCCCCCCCCCUCCUCCUGCAGACAUUACAACAGAUGUUUGCAAGCAUCUCUCAGUGACCCUUCUGUCAGGCUUAUAAUUUUAUGGAUGACAUUGUCGAACGGAGGCUCCUGUUGCCAGACGCUUCGUGACAAGUGAACCAUUUCGCCUUUUUUUCUGCUCUUUUUUCACCAGUUUUUUUUUUUAUUAUCAUAUCAGGCUCAUCUACUGGAGCUAUUUUUAUCAGCCGUCUUUAAUAUGCCAUUUGAUAUGAACGGUUAUCUGAUGGCCGGAUGAAUUCUUCAUAAGAUCAAAGCUUCAUGAAGAUGUGAAAGGAUCUUCAGGAAGAGAAAAUGAAGUCCUGCCAUGACUGAGGUGUGCAGACGCUGUGAGGUCAGAGAGCAGGUGCCACCGUGCUCAGGUCUGCCGUCUCAAUGAGCCAAGCCGGCAGCACGCAGAAACGCACCACCUACCUCAUCUCCCUCACUCUGGUGAAGGUUGAGGCCGUGCCAGAGGAUGCUGCAGGGAGCCAGACGGAGGGCCUUCCAGAGGGGGAAGGGAGCCCUAGGAAGAGGAAGAAGGAGGAGGAGGUGGAGGUGGAGGCAGAGGAGAACGAGAAGCGGGCUGUGAGAGAUGUCCCUGAGAAAGAAGGAUCUUUGUAUGUGGAAGUGGAGCAAAAAGAAAAGACACAGGUGGAGGAGGAAGUGGAACAGGUGCACGGAAAGAAUGAAAGCAGGGAGACGCCUGAGAGGAGGGAGAUGCAUGCGCCCCAGAAAGACGUUGUACCAGUUGGCAAGAGCAAAGAUGCAUCUUUUGCACACCCACCCAUAAGGCAAAUGGUCAAAGUGUAUGGAGGGACAAUGUCUGAGGGAAGCAUGCGCAGGGAGGGACCUCGCUCAGAUGCCUUACGCCCCAAGACAGAGCUCUACCGGGAGCCUCCCAUAAUGUUCCUGAAGGGUGAAAACGGAGCGGACUUGAACAGCCGCUCACGCUGCAGCCUCCCCUUCACUGUCCCGUCGCAGAUCAGCCAGCCUCCUCCGGUUGUGAUGCGUUCUCAUGCAGCAGGGAACUCCUCUUAUUCCAGGGAGCUCAGAGAGACCAACACAAGCCUGUAUCACCCGGCUAAAACUCUGGAUCGAAGGGACAACCGCAUUGGGGACCAGUCUCCCUUAGUGGCAGCUACGACUCUGGGGCCUUACAGGGCGUCCUGGGCGGACAGCGACGGCAGAGGCAUGCUCAUCCGGCCUGGGGCCCCCAUCAGCGGAGGCUUUUCAGGCGUGAUGGCCCGGGAGAGCCCUCAGGGGGAGAGGUACAAGGCGGUUUCCGUGUCUUUGCCCGCGCCCCCCGCCCCUGACAUUUGCAGGCCUCCAAGGAAAGGAACAAGUUGUACCCUUGACCAUGUCGACCUGCACUCUUACUGUGAAGACCCGAGGAAGGCCAAGGAGAGCCAAGGAGGAACGAUCCAGCGGGCUCCACCUCCUCGCGAUCGCAAGAUGCUCAAGUUCAUCAGUGGGAUUUUUACCAAAAGUACAACGGGCUCACCAGGCGCCAACACCACACCUCCUCUCUAUGCAGCUGUGGAGAGGGGUUCGAGCGAGGAGGAAGUCGUUUGCACCAGCAGUCAAGAAUGGACCAUGAGUCAAGCUGUUCAAGAGCUUCAUCUGGGUGUGUUGGGGGGUCUGUGCAGCGGGAAGUCCGCCCUCGUCCACAGACACUUGACAGGAAGCUACCAGCCGGAGGAGAACGCAGAGGGGCGGCAGUUCAUCAAGGAAGUGCUGGUGGACGGACAGAGUCACCUGCUGAUAAUCAGAGAAGAGACGGAGCCUCCUGGGCCUCAGUUUGCCAGCUGGCUGGACGCCGUCAUUUUGGUCUUCAGCUUGGAGAAUGAGGCCAGCUUUCAGGAAGUUUACAAAUUCUACCACCAGCUUUCUCUGCACCGGCCCGUCACUGAGAUCCCUUUUGUAGUCGUCGGUACUCAAGAUAAGAUCAGCAGCACGAACCCCAGAGUGAUUGACGACACCAAGGCGAGACAGCUGUGUUCAGAUGUGCGCCGCUGCACCUACUAUGAAACCUGCGCGACUUACGGCCUCAAUGUGAACAGAGUCUUCAACGAUGCUGCUCAGAAGAUCAUGGCAGCCAAGAAGCAAGCCGCUUUACUGGCUUCCUGUAAAUCUCUUCCCAACUCUCCCAGUCACUCUGGAGGCUCCACUCCAGUGUCUGGUGUCUUUCCAGGACAGGCCAGCAACGGCGGCCAGAGCAGCGAUUACUCCUCGUCUCUUCCCUCCACUCCUGUGAUCAGCCACAAAGAGAUCGGCAGAACUCUGAGGGGGGAGAAAGGCGACAGCGGCGUGCCUGGGUCGGUCCGCAGCAUCCGCAAGCGCACUCCCAGAUUUGUGGGAAGGAGAGGCAGCGACUCAAACAGACGGAGCGCAGACUUUAAGGGCGACUUUGGCAGUGGGCGAUUCAUCCCCAUCAAACAGGGCAUCUUGCUGAAGCGCAGUGGGAGCUCGCUCAACAAAGAGUGGAAAAAGAAAUAUGUCACUCUGUCCAACGAUGGCAUCCUCUCCUACCACUCCAGCGUCAACGAGUACAUGCUGAACGCUCCGGGGAAAGAGAUGGACCUGCUUCGGGUGACUGUCAAGGUGCCGGGGAAGCGCCCCCCUCGUGCUGUGCCUGCAUGUGGACCCCCUGCUGGGCUCAACGGGCGGGUCAAAGAUGUGCUGGGACCCGAGGUAAACACGAGUGGCCUCAUGCAAGUGGAGGAGGUGGAAGGACUGGGAGGCGCUCUGUUCCUGAGGAGCAACAUUGGUGUCCAGCGCUGCCCGUCCACGCUGUCCAACCACGGCCAAGGCGUUGACUCUGCAGUCGAGGGAGUCUCCAGCUCCUCCUCUACCAAAGACGUCGGCUCAGCCUCCCCACUGACCGACAGGAAGAAGCACCGCAGAAAGAAGAGCUUGAAUCAGAAAGGAGACGCGGCCGUGGGACAAGCCGACGCGAAACGGAAAAUGUGGAAGCUGAAAAGUUUUGGGAGCUCAAGAAAUGUAAGCAAGACAGAGGAGGACAACUUUGACUUCCUGGUUGUGUCGAGCACCGGUCAAACGUGGCACUUUGAGGCCCAGAGUGUGGAGGAGAGGGACUCCUGGGUCCAAGCCAUCGAGAGCCAGAUCCUGGCCAGCCUGCAGCUGUGUGAGAGCAGCAAAAACAAGGAUCGCAAGAAUAGCCAAAGUGAAGCUGUGGCGCUGCAGGCCAUCCGCAAUGCAAAAGGGAACAACUUCUGCGUGGACUGUGAUGCUCCAAAUCCGACGUGGGCCAGCCUGAACCUGGGCGCUCUCAUUUGCAUUGAGUGCUCUGGGAUCCACAGGAACCUGGGGACCCACUUGUCCCGGGUCCGCUCGCUGGCCCUGGACGACCUGCCCCGAGAGCUCACCCUCGUUCUCAGCGCCAUCGGGAACCACAUGGUCAACAGUACAUGGGAGGCGCGCACCAUGGGGCACCGGAAACCAGCGCCUGACGCCACACGAGAAGAGAGGGAGUCGUGGAUCCGAGCCAAAUACGAGCAGAAACUGUUUGUGGCGCCGUUGCCUCCUCCCACACCCAGCGAGGGCCCAGACAUCAGCAUGUCGGGCCGUCUUCUGUUGGCAGUGAUGGAGCGCAAUCUGCCCAAGCUGCUGCUUCUUCUGGCUCACUGCACGAAAGAGGACAUCAACGCCCCGCCCUUCCUGUCGCUCCCCUCCAGGUCGCUGCUCGCGCUGCGCCUGCCUGGCUCUGCCCUGCAUGCUGCUUGUCAGCAGGCUGAUGUGGUGAUGACGCAGCUUCUGGUCUGGUACGGCUGUGACGUGCGGCAUCGGGACGCUCAGGGUCAGACGGCGCUGGCCCUGGCUCAGGCCGCCGGGGGCCAGGAGUGCGUCGACGUCCUGCUGCAGCACGGCUGCCCCAACGAGGCGGGCCCCGCGCUCGGCGCCACGGUCGGCUUCGCGUCGGCCGUGACGUCCAGCUUCCCCGCCGCCAUGACGCCGAGCCUGACGGUUGCCACGACGAUCAAAAUCACGCAGAAGAGCGGCAGCGGCAACCUGGGCUACAGCACGUCCAGGAGAGCCGUGUCGUAACUGCAACGUGUUUCAAAGUGAGUGUGUGAAUGUGUUGCCCGCUUUGCCGUCAUAGCGAGUCCUGUCCAUCCAGGACACAGACACACCCCGUCCACCUGGAGUCAGGUGAGACGCUCGGAGGGGCGCGCACGUGCACGCGUGCGUGCGUGCGUGUGUGUGUUUCAGGGAUGAGAACUGGAGAACACACUGUGCUGGACUGAUCUUUUCUUUCUCUCUUUCUUUCUGUUUGUGGCCACAUGUCUGUGCAUUCAGAUGUAAGUAGAAUGUACCGACCUGUUUACCAGAGUCACACCUGAUCACGCAGUCAGUUCUCGACUUUGUCCUCCACUCGGCUGCGAAUGGAAAAGCCGCCUGCAGGCCUCAAACAGCGUCUCUGAGCAGCUGAAGCCCAGAAGUGAAAAGAACUGCAAUAAGUUUACUAAUCUAAGAGUGGGAUGUAUUGAGCUCGUAGCAUAAAAGAUUAUGGCUAUUAUUAAUUUUGACAGUGAAUGUGAGUUUUAGAUUCAUCAGAGCUUGUCAUUAAGUGCAUAAAUUAUGUUACGUGUAAGUUGAUGUGAAAUAUGUUAGUGGCUGGAUAAAGGGGGAUAAAACAGCUGUAUAGAAAUGUGUUGAUAAAAUGGUAAAAUACUACAAAUUUAAAAGUGUUUAAUUUCCGGUUUAUUACUGUAUGAUUUGUACAGUUGUUUCUGUGUAUAAAACAUAAAGGGUUACUCAUUGCUGUUCAGAGAUUAACUGUACAGAGUUUCAGUUCAGUUUUAGUUUCCUGCUUAACUCAGAUUUUUUUAGGUUUUGUCUGUUACUGGUGUGUCUGAUGUGAAACACUGUACAUACCGCAGUAGCUCAUUGUUCAAGUGAGUAUAGUAAAAGAUACACGUGCAGAGCUGUGAAAAGGUUUUCAUUCUCUUAUAGAUUUGUUCUGUUUUUCAAAAUGUUUUUUUGUCGCACUUCCAUGUUUCACAUCCUCAAGCUAAUUUUCUUUCCAGACAACCUACAGUAAUUGGAUGUGAGUUUUUCGCAUCGUUGUGGAGAAAGUUUGCCCAGAAUCAUUUUAGUUCAGCCACCCUGGAGGUUUUCCAGCUCGUUUGAGGUCAGAACGAAGCAAAUCGUUUGGAUUUAGGUCCAGACUUCGACUGGGGCACUCCAAAAGGAAGCUUUUGAGUCAUUCAGAGGUGAAGUUGCUUGGGUGCUUGGGAUUAUUGUUCGGCUGCAUAACCAAAAUGUUUUGAGCUCAAAGGGAAAGACCGAUGGCCCGACGUGCUCCCACAGAAUUUUCUGGUAGACAGAAGCCUUCGUUUUUCCAUCAACUCCAGCAAAUUAUUCAGAUCCUGUUGCAGAAAAGCAGCCCAAACCAUCACACUACCACUAUCACCAUGUUUGUCUGUAGGUAUAAUAUUAUUUUUUCUCAAAUGUUGACAGUUUCACUCCAGCUGUAACUGGACCCACACCUUCAGACAGUUCCACUGCCGUCCCGCCAAGAGUCUUUGGGAACUUUUAUGAUAUUUUUGAUAAAUAUCAUUUAGGUUGUUUUGGGUUAGAAGUGAGUUUCACUUUGUCCAUUGUCCAGCCUCUUCUGAAUGAGUUUUUAUGUAUUUCUUGGCUCUUUUGUUAGCUCCUGGAUGAAUCCUUGAUGGCGUACCGUUGGUAGGUUCGCCUUCCUGUUUCCUCCAUCUGCAGAUAGAGGCUCUCACUGUGGUCCACUGAAGUCCAAAGGCUUCAUAACACUUGUCAGAUUGAUAGAUGUGAUCUGAUCUCACCUUUUUGAAAUCUUUUAACCUACUUCCUGUUGUCGGGCAGGUGAUUUUGAACUGAUUUGCGUUUUCCUCUAGCUUCUGCAGUGGAGUGAGGCUGGUGAAGUUCAGCUCAGCUUUCCAAAGAGUGCGGUUUGGAUACAUUUUCGUCCCCUCAAGUGAAAUUAUACAUCUCAUGAUAUCUUUGCCUUUGUCUGUGGCAAAUUUUAAGUGUGACUAAAAAGCAAAAACAGAAGAAAUCUGUAGAGACGCAAAUACUUUUUCCCAUCACUUUAGAUAAAUAGGUUAAAAUGGCCUGAUUUUUGACUGAAUGUAGAUAAACGCUAAUGCUGACGUGUUUUUUUUAGAGGAUAACAUUUUCAACUGAUAUUGUUCCUGAUGUGACGCCUAGAAAUUAAAGGUAUACUUUAAAUAUUAAGAGCUUACAAACUUACUUCAAGUGAAGUUUCUAUGUGUCUGAAAGCAGACACACAACAGAGGAAACAAAUCUAUAUUAUUAUAUAAUUAUCAACUCUGAUGCAGUACUGGGAGUACUUUUGAUGUGACCAAAAGCUGACCUUUUCUGUAAUGUACACUGUUCUCUUUCCAUGUUUUUUUUUUUUUUUUUUUUACCCAUUUAAUAAAUCAGAAGCAUUCAUUAUGGAUAAGGUCGCUCUCUGACGCUGUGCGGUUUUUGUAAGUUUCAUGUGUUCAGAUUUUAUUGACAUUUUCUGCCACUAAUAAACUGAACUCACACUUCAAAGGUUGGGAGGACAUUUGUACAACACGGACUCAUCCCUUCAUUAAUUCAUGUUCCAGCAACAUUUGAACACAUUUGUCCCGGAGACACACUGAGUCUCUGCUGGCCCCCCGACCUACUUCUUUCUAGGUCGCAGUCAUGUGUCCAAAGUUUUCACACCCCUUCAACAAACCUCAGCGUGUUUCACUGGGAUUCUAUCUGAUGCAACACAAAAGCGCUGAAGUGUGACGUGGAAGGAAAAGGAUGCAUCUUAACCUGCUUACGGCUGCGGGAAGCUGCUGGUCCAGUGCAGUCCAAAAGGAAACACUCCUGUCCCUGAAAGUCAGUAUUUUGUAGUGCUGCUGUUCAGUGUACUUACGGCUGCAAGCCGUGUUGUUUCGGGUCAUUGUCCUGCUGGAGGGUGACCCUCCUCUCCGGUCUCAAGUCUUUCUGCUGCGUCUGACAUGGUUUUUCUCCAGGAUCUUCCUAAAUUUACCCUCAAUCGCCUUGUCAUCAAAUCUGACUAGCUUCCCUGCACCCCCACGCCAUGACGCUGCCACCACCAUGUUUCUGUCAGGAUUUUGGGGGUUUUAUUUGCGUUUGCCUUAGUUGUACUUUCUUUGAUUGCAUCAGUUUGUUCUGUUUUACUCUUAGUUUAUUUAGAUUAUGUGUACUACAUACAGCCUGUCUAUGUUUGGCCAGCUUUUGUCACUGCUAGAUUUGCGUAGGCAUUUUUUUCUGCUCUCCUCUGCCAUUUCUCUCUUUGUUUCUCUCCUCACCUUGCCCUCUGCUCUCCUCUCACACCUGCACCUUGUUUUCCAUUUAGCACUGGUCCAUUGUCCCAGCCUUCAAACUUCCAGUAUUUUACCACCUCUCCUUUGGUCACUCCUUGCUGGAUCCUUCUGUGACAUCCCAUUUAACCCCGUGAACUAGUCUCUGUCUGUUCCUGCUGCAGGUGUCGUCCUGCAAGUUUGUAAGUUCUUGUCUUAUUGUUAUAUUUAAACAAAUAUUUAACUACAACUGAUGAGCCUGUAUUUUCCUCUGCAGGUUUAGUUAAGCUUCUGAAAACCACUCCAGUAUUUAGACACUAAUAGUUAACCACCUCUGGCUUUUACACCAAUAUGCAUUCAUGUUUAUCAUGGGUGUUUAUCAACACCCUCUGGUCAAAGAGGGUGUUUAACUCUUUGACCAGCCUGUGUGCAGCGAGCAUUAUUUUCUCUUAAUACAGUAAAUUUACUCAAGUUUUACACACUUGAGUAAACACAGCCAGAAAUAUUGACUUUGAGGUUCAUUUCUUAAACUUCAAGUGGAAAUGCCUUUCUUUAUAUUUGAUGGAUGAAUGAGACGGAUGAGGGAGGUGUGGGCAGAAAAUAAGCUGUUUGUUCUGAGCUCCUUUUUGGUUGACUUGUUCACGAUCUCAUUGAAGCAAGAUCUCUCAAGGUUGUUUGCCUCAAAGCGCUCCCACAUUCAAAAGGAACAAAACAAAUGUGCAAAGAAAAAUGAAUCAUCAACACUGAGGUCAGAACUGAUGGGUUUAUAACCAAUUAAAAAGUGCGUCCUUGAAAAAGUUUUUAUUUUUUUUAGUGGUUUGAAUCCAUUAACGGGGGCGGCUCAGAGGGCGGGGAUCGGAUAUGCGUCAGCUUUCACAGCUUGUUGCUGCAGCUUUGGGACAGAAAUUGAAAAAUUCAAGCUACUUGUUUUUAACCUUCAUAUCUUUUCUGUGUUUUGAAUUGUCCAUGGGAAGCAGGAGCAUCAGGAAUGUGUGCCAGGAGCUCUGGGCUGCGAGAAAGCCUAACAAAAGACAAAAAAAAAAUAAAGGUUUCAUCACAGAGAAACCUUGGUGUCUCCAUUCAAAGAGACACCAAGAAAUAUGAAUCACUCUAAUGCAUCUUAACAUCAUGUGGUCAAGUUAUAAAUGUAGUAACUAAUUGUGUAUAAAUCUAAGCUAAGACAAAAACAAAUACAAUGUAUGUUUCACACUCUGACAUGUUACAAGUGUCAGUGUGUUUCAGUGCAGUUUUUACAUGAAGAUCCAGCACAAAAUAACUCAUCAAUUUUACUUUUCUUUUUUUUUUUUUUUUUUUACAAAGUCCUCUGAUCUCCCUCUUUUGUUUGUUUGUAAAUGUGUCACAGACAGACUCCCAGAUGUGGUUGCAGCAAAAGGUUGUGACGCAGUGAAGCUGAAUACAAACACACUCCACACUUU